AUGCCAUCUUCAACCACGGGCUCCUCAGCCCUCACCACCGCCACAAUAACGGAUAUCCCACAAUCCGAGAAUAUCGAUGGUUAUGACUUCCCCUUCGCCGCUGCACCGGAUAUUAUCCGUUCGAACCAAAAGGACGCGUACUUCCAAGGCGUGAUCUUAGAACAACUUUCGACCAUUCUUCGAAACUUCUAUGGCGCUCGAAUCCUUCAUAAAUUCAACACUGAGGCUAAAGUCCUGGCCGAUCUAUUGUACCUCGGUAUCACAACAUUGGUCGGAAGUAGGACACUGGGCGAGGAAUAUUGCGAUAUCGUCCAUGUAGACGCUGAUAGUAGACGGCUGCCACAUUUAUUCCAACGAGCCGGCUACAUAAUCUCCGUCGUAAUACUUCCUUAUAUUACCUCCAAAUUUGCACCAAAACUUCGAGCACGGAUGCGAAUGAACCUAGACCGACGGGCUGCCAGAAGAGCGUUAACAAAAACUACGAAUAACGAUGAUUCGAUGAAGGAAAGGUUUUUUAGAUUCUUACAUAGGAAUUUGGAUGCCUUUACGGGAGCUGAGAGCUUGAUUGCGGUGCAUUUGGCUUUCUUUUAUUUUACGGGAGCAUAUUAUCAUGUCUCCAAAAGGAUUUGGGGGAUGAAAUAUAUAUUCACGAAGAAGCUGCAACCUCAUGAACAACGGGUCGGAUAUGAAGUUCUUGGUGUAUUGCUGCUAUUACAAAUAGUCGUACAGACAUACAGCAAAAUGUCAGAAUACCUAGCCGACGGAACAGAAGACCAAGGUGUUCAAGGUUCAAAGGGUAUGGUUAGCCCGAACAUUGCGACAGGAGACGAAGAAGCCAAUGUCGAUUUGGACAAUCCGGAGAUAAUGGCAUUUGUCAACGGUGAGAUGGCGAGGAAGUGCACGCUGUGCUUGGAGAACAUGAAGGAUCCGACGUUAACUCCCUGUGGUCAUAUGUUCUGCUGGACUUGUAUCACUGAGUGGUGUAGGAAUAAGCCCGAAUGUCCACUCUGCAGAGCUUCCUCUCUACCACAGCACCUUCUAGUCCUUCGUGGUCAGUAG